CUGUGCUUGUAAGUUGGGACUCAUUUUCCGCGCGUUAUUUUCCCCUUGAACGUUCGUGUUUUCUCGCGGGAUCUCGCAGCGAGGGAGAGACUCCAAUUUCCCCCUUCUAUGGAGUCGCCAUGGACGAUCCCCCUCUCUCUGCUUUUCCUCACUCUGGUCUUGGCUCUAGUUCUGGCCCUAGCGAUCGUUCUACUGGGUGCGAUAACGAAGCUUGAAUCGGAAAGAGUAGAUGCUGGUCAUGCGUUCUUCGUGGACCCUAAUUCGUCGAAGCGGGUAGCAUGCCCGUCGAUAUUUGAUCCAGCUCAAAAGUGCAUGUCAUUGAUAAUUCCUGCUUUCAAUGAAGAGCACAGACUUCCUGCAGCUCUUAGUGAGACCUUAAGUUAUCUCCAACAACGUGCGAAGAGAGAUAAAUCAUUUUCUUACGAGGUCAUAAUAGUUGAUGAUGGGAGCAAGGACAAAACUUAUAAAGUAGCCCUUGAUCAUGCAAGGAAAUACACAAUUGAUAAUGUGAGGGUUAUCCUUCUUGGAAGAAACCAAGGGAAAGGAGCAGCUGUCAAACAAGGAAUGCUUCAUGCACGUGGCGAGCUUCUUCUAAUGCUUGAUGCUGAUGGGGCUACUAAAGUCACUGAUCUAGAGAAAUUGGAGGAACAGAUACUGGCAGCAGCUAAGAGGCAACUCUGUGUAGGAGGAGGUGCUUCGCCCAUCAGUUCGGUUCCAAACAUGCCUGAAGUUCCAGUUGUUGCAUUUGGUUCUCGUGCUCAUCUUGAGAAGCAAGCUCUAGCUACAGUGUGUAAAUAUUUUUCUCUGGAUUUUAGCUUCUGUCUAUUUCAAAUCUCUAAAAAUGCAUUCUUGUUACUCUUUCAGCGUAAAUGGUACCGGAAUUUGUUGAUGAAGGGCUUUCAUUUACUAGUCCUCCUAACUGCUGGUGUAGGAGUUCGGGACACUCAGUGUGGCUUUAAGAUGUUCACAAGAGCUGCUGCUCAGAAGCUUUUCACUAAUAUGCGCUUGAGGAGGUGGUGCUUCGAUGUUGAACUAGUAUAUUUGUGCAAACAACUUGAUAUACCAGUUAUUGAAAUCUCCGUCAAUUGGAUGGAAAUUCCUGGAUCCAAGGUGCGCAUGACAAGUAUCAUGCACAUGCUUUUUGAGCUUAUGCUUAUUCACGUUGGUUAUGGAUUCAGCUUAUGGAAAAUUCAGACAUGAGAUUAUUGUUCACUUAUUUUCCGAAAGAAGCAAGCCAAUGGAGCCAACACAAAACCUUGAAGGCACAAUGAGAAACUCCUUUUGCCUACGUUCAAGGUGGAAGCUCCAUUCAUAUUCUUGCCCCAUAUGACGUCAUGUAGUGGUCAUAUAUGCUUCUUAUCUAUCAUUUUAUGGGAAGGUUAAAUGAAGCAAAACCAUUGAGAAAACUCCAGAUGAUUAGAUUUGUAUGUUCUACUUGUAAGCUUAAACACUAAAUUUGUCAGGUCAUUUUUUGCUGGCCUGAUGUUUAUAUUUUGUAUGCCCUUGAUUUUGUUGCACAAGGUAGAUUAAAAUUAAUUUGUUCAGAAGUUCA